GAGCUCGGGGGUGGGGGGGGGGGAAGGGAUUUGCGGGCCGACCGACCGAGGGGGGGAAAGAAACCCCUCCGUUCGAAACCGAAAGCGCUCCUGGGGCGGUGGGCGGGGAGGGCGGACGGUGGCCGGCCGGGGCCAAAUUUGCCCGCCAUGCGCGGCUUCGCCCUGGAGCAGCAGAAGCGCCUGGCCGCCAGCCUGGUCCGCGUCCUCGCGCUCUACCGGCCGCUGACCGACGCCUACGUCAUCGAGUUCUUCAGCGACGGCCUCUGGGGGCUCCUGCCGGGCGGCUGGCAGGCGGCGCUGGGCGGGCUCUCCCCGCCGGAGGUGGCGGCGUUGCUGCUGCGGGGGGGCCGCCCGGCCGAGCUGUGGCCGCUCUCGCUGCUGGCCUUCCGCGCCGCCGCCCACGCCCUGCGCUUCCCCCGCCGCCCCUCCGCCGCCGCCCCCGAGCCCCCGCUGCCGCCCCGCUUCCGCCGGCACCUGCGGCCCAAGAAGCAGCACGAGGUCCGGCGGCUGGCGCAGGUGCUGGAGCGGCUGAGCCAGCUGACCGGAUGCCCACAGGUGGUGGACGUGGGCGCAGGGCAGGGCCACCUCGCCCGCUUCCUGGCCUUCGGGCUGCGGCUGUCAGUCACGGCCGUGGAGGGAGACGCCCGGCUGGUCACUCAGGCUGCCAGGUUUGACCGGGCGCUGGCUCUGGAGCUGGAGAAAGAGCAGGCCAGGCGGCAGGAGCCAGACGCCCCCCCUGCCCAGGGGCCGAGCCACGUGGUGGGCUGGGUCACUCCGGACACUCGGUGGCCAGAGUUCGUGGAGCUGCUGCGCUCGGGGAAGGUUGCAGGAGGUGAGAGCUCAUGGGCAGCCGCCGCCCGCCAGCCCCGCGAGCCGGGAGAAAGGGGGGCUGGAAAGGGAGGCGCAGACUGUGGGGGAGGAGAUGGGCCCGAGUCCCUGGAGCAGAACCCACCAACCCACCUGCAAGGGCAGCUCCCGCAGGGGCCGCUUCUGCUCACCAGCCUGCAUGCCUGCGGGGACCUCAGCGCCACCCUCCUCCGGCUCUUUGUGGCCUGUCCCCACAUGGUGGGCAUCACUUCGGUGUCCUGCUGCUACAUGAAGCUGAGCACCGGGGAGGGCGCCCGGCCCGGCUACCCCCUGAGCGACUGGGUAGCUGCUCUGCCCGGGCACCAGCUCUCCUACAAGGCCCGGGAAGGGGCCUGCCACGCCAUGGAGGACUACCUCCUGCGGCUGGAGCAUGACAGCCCCUCGCUGAAGACCCACUGCUACAGGGCCAGGCUGGAGACCCUCAUCCGGGCCAUCGACCCCACCAAGAAACGCCUGGGGGUGCAGGCCAUUCCCAAGGCCCACCAGAUGACCUUUGAGCAGUAUGCCCGCCAGGGCCUGGAGCGUGUCGGGAUGAGCCCCCGUGGGCCCCUGGAGCCAGCCUCUGCGGCCCAGCAGCGGCAGGUGGUGGUUUUCUUCAGCCUCGCUCACCUGCUGGCCCCCUUGGUGGAGACCCUUAUUCUCCUUGACCGGAUGAUUUACCUGCAGGAGCAAGGUUUCCCCUGCGCGCUGGUCCCUCUCUUUGACCCAGCACUGUCCGCCAGGAACCUGGUGCUGGUGGCGGCCAAGAAGGUGCCACCCUCCGACCUCUGGGGUCUGGCCGCAGGAGAGUGAGGAGGCUCCUGCCCUAGAUGGGCCUUCUCAGUGUCUGAUGCAGCCGCCGCCAAAGGACUUGGCCUCCCCUGGAGGGUCCGUUGCCGAGGAAGCCCCUGGACCAACCUGUUGGAGGAGGAGGAGAGAGCGGGCCAAAAUGCCCACCUCUCUGUUGAGUGUCUGUAAGGACAGUACGCUUGUUGUUCUGUUAAGGGAUAUUUAUUGUCUUUGCCUUUGAUAAAAGACGGCCAGUGAA